UUAACUGGAAAAUACUUCCAGCAUCAAUUAUCACGUUCGACGUGGAAUAUAUGAUGGCGAAAGUAACGCGCUUUAUUCGCGUAGUGAUGCACUAAUAUGCGCACUAACAGCGACGUUAUGGAUUGGUCAGAUAUCAAACUGGUUUUUCAGAUAUCAACUGCAGCGACAAUAUAGAUAGAAUUUUGCACCAAACACAGAUUUUAGGAUAAAUGAACUGGCAACACUAAAAUCAACCGCCAUUCGUAACGCCUUGUCUGUUCAAAAUAUCGCAGCAAUAAUAAGUGUACACAGAAAUGGAGAAUCCGGACUCAAUCAACAUUGAAAUUGCCUGCAUGAGAGGAUUCAACAAAAAGCUUCCAGCCCCUGAUCUAGUACAAGCUAUACAUCAAUACUUAGCGGACCACCGAACCCUGUCCAAAGACCAUGUAUUCUUUGUAAGCUAUCCAAAUGUGGCCAAUGUUAUGAUUUGCGAUAAAAUUACGGAAAAUACACCACGUACGGAUCUAUGCCUGUACACGUACCUGUUGUUGGAAGGUACCGGAGAGGAGGAAAUUAUUGAACAAGAUGGAGAUGAGAUUCAGAUAGCAAACCAUUGGCUUCUUCCUGCUAAAGAGUUUCAUGGAUUGUGGGAAAGUUUGAUAUAUGAUGAAGGCCUGAAAGAUGAUUUGCUUAGUUUCAUAAAGACUACGAUGCUAUUUUCACGGAAAAAUGUUAAUACAAAUUUGAUAGCCUGUAAUCGAUUGAUCCUUCUUCACGGCCCACCUGGUACAGGAAAAACCAGUCUUUGUAAAGCUUUGGCUCAGAAACUGUCCAUCCGCAUGGUCGAUCACUACAAACAUGCACAUUUGAUCGAAAUCAACAGUCACAGUUUGUUUUCCAAAUGGUUCUCCGAGAGUGGAAAACUAGUUCAAAAGGUUUUUGGACAAAUUCACGAGCUCUGUCAGGAUCGAUCAGCACUGGUUUGCGUACUGGUAGAUGAAGUGGAAUCUAUAGCCUUCGCCAGAGAAUCUAUUUCUAACAAUGAACCGAGUGACAGUAUUCGAGUUGUAAACGCUGUACUCACUCAGCUGGAUCGAAUUCGAAAAUAUCCGAAUGUUUUUGUACUAGCUACUUCUAAUCUAACUGGAAGCAUCGAUUUGGCUUUUCUGGACAGGGCUGAUAUAGUGCAGUUCAUCGGGAAUCCUAGUCAUCAUGCGAUAUAUGAAAUUUAUCGAACAGCCCUGGAUGAUCUACAGAAUGUUGGGAUUAUUGGGGACGAUGAAAAUAUUCCAUCUUUUGCAGAAUCCACCGAUCAAUCCGUGGUGGUUAAUAGUCUGAAAAACCUUGCUCAAUUGAGUGCUGGACUGAGCGGGCGAAGUUUACGAAAAGUUCCAUUCUUAGCACAUGCUCUGUUCGUAAAACAGGAGGAGACAACGAUGCUCAAAUUUCUGGGAGCCAUGAAAAGUGCGAUUCGUCGUAUGCACAGUGAUAAAGAUAUGCUUGAAUCGAAGGCACGACAGACGCAAUUAUCGUGCAAUCGUGCUAUUGUUGGUGAGAAUGUAAAUAAAGGCCAAACUUUUAUAUAGAUGUGCAUGAAUUUUUAAGAAUUUAUGUUGUGGAUGGAUGAGAAGAAAAUAGUAACUGAUUGUGAGUCUUAGCAUAAUUAUUUAUAACAUAAACUUGUUCCGUUUUGAAACUUUGGAUUGUGUAUUACACUUUUCCAAAGUGCAAUCUAGAAAUCAAUAAAAUAUUCUUUUUUCAAAACGGAAAUUA